CGACAACGCCAGUGACGCCACCGACGUCACCUUCGCACCUCUGUGGUACGUUUGAUGAGACGGUCGAGGCAGUCCAACUGGUCUGGUCUCCGCCACUGGACAUCGGUGGUGCCAAGAGCGAUGAUCUCUACUACGUCGUUUCCGCCGACGAGGAUCCACCCCACAUCACAACAGCAACGACGUGGGCCAUUCCCAUGAGCAACAUUAGCAGUCGUGUUAGCAUUUCUGUCACGGCGACGACGACGUGGGGCAACAGCGCGCCGGCGAUACUCGUGCUCACCGGGAAAGAUGCGUGUGCUCCAACGAGUAUCGACUGGUGGCGAGAGAUCAACGGGUCAUUUGCGUCUUCGUGUCCCGAGUGCGAGACUACACCCGCACACUCAAGCUAUGCCGCUGCACCCAACCGGUUUUUGGCCGAGACCAAUGCGACGGUCCUCUCCACCGUAGUCGAUGGGGGUGAAGUCGGUCACAUAAACACUACGCUCGCCUACCAGCCAAACGCCUACGUCUCCUGGCUCAUCCUACCAUCGUCGCCUGACGUCUCGGUCCUUCUCCACGUCUAUGCGUUUGAGAUGGAGUGCGAUAACGACAAGGUUGCCUUCUUUGAGGUGCACCAAAACGGUUCGGAGCAGCUCAUGUGGCAAGGCGGCUGCGCUCGACCGCCAUUUACACUACAAAGCCGUGCGCCGGGCAUUGGCCUCCGGAUGAUUCUAGCAACCGACGACUCGAUUCAGCUCUCGGGCGUUCAUUUGAGGUACCAUGGUGUACGAGGCGUGUCCCUCGACGCCUUGACGAUACCAUGUCCGACGUCGUGCGGGCGAUAUGGUCUCUGUCGCGAUGACGGCACGUGUGACUGCCGACCGCGCUUCUCAGGCGAAGGAUGCACCAACCACGAUGUGUGUCCGCACCAUCCAGCGUGCUACCGGCCCGAUAGCAUCGUUGUUGAUGAGCGGUUUGGCAGCGAUACCCUUGGCACCGGCGGCCUUAGACAAAAUAAAGCGCUCCAGUCACUCACUCGGGCACUCGAGCUCGUGCCCCCCAACGGCACUAUUGUCCUGUAUCCUGGCACGUACACGGACGCGCGCACGUGCAACGUCGUCUUGGAACACCAGCACGUGACGAUCACCUCGUUGGUGUCGACCGCCUGGUCGGACAGCGAUUUGUUUGCUAUUUCUAUGCCGGACUCUGCUCUGGUGGUGGACGUCAAUUGCACUGGCGCGCUUGCAUCGUGGGAUAUUCGCAAAGCGUCGGUGGUGCGACUCUCCAGUCUCCGCCUUAUCGGAGGCAUUGGCCCCAGCGCUCGCCUCCAAGUGGCCGACAGUCAGGUGGUGCUGACCCACGUUUCCGUUCGUGGCGCAGUAUCGUCUUCACUCGGCGGCGGUCUCGCAGCAGCCAACUCGGAGUUGGUCUUCAGCGACGUUGAUAUUGAAGACUGUGUGGCGACGACUGGUGGCGGAGUCUAUCUCGAACACAGUAGCUUGAAGGCAACCACCUCGAGUAUAUCCCACAACACGGCCACGUCUGAUGGCGGGGGCGUCUCUCUUUACUCGAGUACGCUGCACGGUGCACGUGUUGCGCUCAACACGGCAGCGCGUUACGGUGGCGGUAUCGCUGUCACAGGUGUCGACAACAACCUCUGGAACGGCACCGUGUUCAACAACUCAGCCGGUGGCGGCGGAGGCCUCGCCGUGCUCUCGGCCGCUAGCCUCGUCAUGGAGCGCAUUCGAAUCCUUGGUAAUACGGCGAUCACCGGCGGCGGGCUUCUUCUCUUGUCCACCCAGAGUCUCUCUGUCGGUAACACGACCGUAGCUCUCAACACGGCGGUACAAGGUGGUGGCCUCGCACUGCAGUCGCUGAGCAACAGCUCGUUUGAUGUGUCGGAGCUCGCGCUUUUUGAAAACCAUGCAGCAGAUACAGGCGGGGGUCUCUACGUCCAUGCUAGCUCGGUCCUUCUUGACGGACUCUUCGUGGCCAGGUGCACCUCCAAUGGUACUGGUGGCGGCCUUGCCGCCCACAACUCCAACAUGGGGCUGCUCAACACUACGAUCGUCAACAAUUCAGCGGCGACAUCCGGUGGUGGUCUCUUUGGCUUCAACUCGACCAUUGCUGGUGCCACUGUGGCCAUCCGAUCGAAUGCGGCAUCGGUCGGUGGCGGCAUGUGCUUGCUCACGUCCCGUGUCAAGUCCAUGCACAUCAUAACCAACUCGGCGCGUCUCGAUGGCGGCGGCGUCGCGGCCUCUAACAGCUCGUACCUCGCGGACCUCGUUCUUGCUGCGAACCAAGCUGCACGAGACGGUGGCGGUCUCCACCUCUCGGGUUGGAUUUCGAUUCAAAACACAUCGGUUCUGGACAGUUGCGCUCAGCAGCGCGGUGGCGGUGCCUUUGUGACACCGUCUUCUACCGUCGCGUGCUCGGGUCUCGUUUUGGACGCCAACACGGCGGACGACGGUGGCGGUGCCUACCUCGACGGGCCCGAUAUCGCAUUGCGAGGCACUUGUGCUACUACGCGCAACCGCGCUCGCGUGGCUGGUGGCGGCAUCACCUGCAGCAAAAGCUGCCAGCUCGACGGGCCGAGGCUCUUGCGCAACUCGGCCGAUACGCUCGGUGGUGGCUUUCUGUGCACCAACGGCAGCUGUACAGUUCGAAAUGGCAGACUGCAGGGCAACCGAGCGAUGCGUGGCGGUGGCCUCGGCGCUCACUACGCCACCGUCAGCUUGGAGCGCUGCAACAUCACGUUCAACUCGGCCUUGGUCACCGGUGGCGGCAUCUCCGCUCAAAACAGCUCCGUGCGCCUCUUUGAAACGCGCGUCACCUCUUGCAGUGCUACCGAGUCGGGCGGUGGCUUGGCACUGGCCGAUGCAACUGUUCUCGGCGCGAACGCGUCCAUAUUCAACAACACGGCCCAUCGAUUCGGCGGCAAUGUUGUUGGCACGUCCUGUUCGAUAAUCAACUUGACGAUUGAGAACGGAUCGGCUGCGCAUGGCGGCGGCGUGGCGAUCCUGCAAGGCGGCGCUUCGACCGUGACCAGCGUAUCGCUAUACAAAAACGUCGCCCGCCAAACAGGCGGUGGGCUCUACAUACAAAAUGCAACGGUGCACCACACGAACACGGCCAUCGUCGACAAUCUCGCACCAAGAGGCGCGUCGGUUGCGUUGACUGGCGCCAGUGCUUUCUUGGGCGCCGCGACCACGCAGUAUCUGGCGACAACGAUACUGACGGCGACUCGAUCUUCCAGUGGGCACGUUUACGUCGCACCCCACACCACCGCCGUGGUCUCGGCCGUACACAUUUCAUAUGGCGCCGCGCAGCACGGGGGAGGGCUCUACAUUGACGUCAACAGCUCGUUUGCCGGGGAUCGCAUCGUCUUGGAGAAGAAUAUCGCGGUCGCUGGCGGCGGUAUCUACGCUGCGUCAAGCGCUCGUGUGGCGCUCGCGAAUGUGACCUUGCAAGACAACGUGGCGGACGACGGGGGCGGCAUGUAUGUCGUGGGCGCCCACCUCUCGCUGCAACGCGUGGUCAUGAUGGCCAACUUUGCCAACGCUACUGGUGGUGCCAUUGCGCUCAUCAACUCGUCAAGCGCGGCUUUUAGCUGCGCCUUUUCGAGCAACACGGCCAGAGAUCGCGGUGGAGCCAUCGCGCUAAUUGCCGCCUCCCGCUUUGCACUAACUUCUACGCGCUUGACGGCCAACGCUGCCUCCAACGGCGGCUCUGUUGCUCUCUGCGGAUUCUCAACGGUGACACUCACCAACUGCAGCGUGCGUGGAGGAGACACGACGAGUUUUCUUGGCGGCCUCGUCUAUGCGGAUGCGUCGACCGUCAUCUUGGAAGCGUCGACACGCCUCGCAAACGGCGUCGCCACACGCGGUGGCGCUGUGUAUCUGACCAACGCGGCCAGUAUGUACUGUCACACUGUACAAUUGACGUUGAACGUGGCGACCCGCGACGGCGGUGGCAUUUUUGCCACUGGAAACGCAACAAGCGUGGAGCUACAAUGCACGUUCGUCGACGCCAACCGCGCCGAAGGCUGCGGCGGCGGCGUCUACCUCGAUGCGGGCGCUGUGCUUCUCAUGGCCGGCAACUCGAGUAUCCGAAACAACUUCGCACGAAGUCACGGCGGUGGCAUCUAUCUGCACGGCGCCUUGUCGACCGCUGCCCAGCUCUACGGCUCGAAUGUCCUUGGGAACAACGCGACGGGACACGGCGGCGGCAUCUUUGCUGGCCACGGAAGCCAACUCGUUGUCAUUGACACGCAGGUGCUACGCAACUAUGGGCAACACAGCGGCGGUGGUCUCUUUGCAACGACGGCCAAAGUGACCUGCGUCCACGCGACGUUUGCAAACAACAGCGCCACCACGGGGGGCGGCGUGUUUUUAGAUCGCACGAGCUCGCUGCACAGCCUCGCCUCGAUUUUUUCACUCAACACGGCCGAGACGACUGGGGGCGCACUGGUUCUUGCGUCGCGAAGUGUCGGCGCCAUCGUCAACUGUACGUUCACGACCAACGUCGCCGCCGCAGGCAACGGCGGCGCGAUCGCGCUCGAGCGCGCAGCGCAAGGCACGCUGCUCGAGUGCGUCGCCACCAACAAUUCGUCGCCCAACGGCAUGGGCGGGGGCCUCUUUGCGAGCCACAGCGCACGCGUCAGCGAUACCGGGUCGCGCUGGACCUUAAAUACUGCGAAAGACGGUGCCGCGAUGGCGCUCGUGUCGCCGGGCCCCCACCAAACCAUCAACGCUACGUUCUUCAUGAACGCUGCCCAGCGCCAGGGCGGCGGCCUCUACUUGGACAAGGGGGCGGAAAUGUCGGCGUUCACGUCGCUCGUAGUGCUCAACAACUCGGCGAUGUCGGGCGGCGGCAUCUUUUGGGUGGUUGACCCUCCGUCCGGCGCCCAUUUUUUCUGCGACAACUGCUCCUUGGACAACAAUGAGCCCACCGACGUGGCGACGUCGGCCGUGUCGGUACGGGUAAAAGCGUGGCCGUCGUCGUUCUCGAGUGAUGUACCACUCACGGUUGGCGGCAAUGCGUCGGCGUACGUGGCGUCGGCGCUGCUGACAUCGCCGUUUUCGUGGGCGACGGUACAGACCACCGAUUACUACGGGCACGUGGCUCGCCUCGACAACGCGACGACGUGUACGCUCUCUGCGUCUGCUGCGGGCCUCGCGCUGGCCCCGAGGGGCGCAACGUACUCGGCUGUCAACGGUCUCGUCACCUUUGCGAGAGCGGCGAUUCAAGGACCUAUCGUCGUGGCCGCCGUGCCUGUUUCGGUCGUCGUCGACUGCAGUCGUUUGGGCGCAUCAAUGAUUCCGCUGCAGAUCGACAUGCUGAUGACACCGUGUGCACCGGGGUACUCGACCGACGCCGCAGGGCGAUGUGUGCGGUGUCCGUCCGGACAAUAUAGCUUGAACGGUACCGCAUGUUUCAGCUGUCCUCCGGGCGCGGUCUGCUCCGAGUACAUCCUGACGACUGGGACACCCGCACUUGUCGGCGUCGCCCAUCCGCGCACACUGCCCAACUACUACCUCGACCGCGCCCCGGCGACGCACGUAACGACGCAGUGCGAUCCGUUGAAUUGGCCAUCGAGAGACCCGUGCCGGGCGUUUGCCCUUUCGUCCGACGACAUGGAAGCUGCGUUGACGCAGUGCUUGACCAGUGUCGUGCCAGUGACGUACGUGGCGUCCUGGCCGCCGAUGCGGGAGUUCAUGUGUCUCUCUGGUCUCGCGUUCUACCCGUGUCAGGUCGAAAACGUUUGUCUUGGCAAUAUCGACAGUCUGCUCGGCCACGCGUGCGCCGUCGGCUACGCCGGCUCAUUGUGCGGGCGCUGUGCAUCGGGGUACUCCAACACGAUCUCGGGCACAUGCCAAUACUGCAACGGCAAGUGGACGUCGCUGACGUGGCAGAAUGCGCUGGCACCGUGUCUCGGCCUUGUCGUGCUUGCGUGUUUGAUCGGGGCGCUUCGGCUCUACCUCAUCGAUGGCAGCGAAAGGGAGCUCUUGCGCCAGGCAAAGCUCGACCAGCAACUCAAAGCGCGCACCAAACAGCGGCUCACGUGGUGGGCCUCGGCACGCUCGAAUUGCCAUAAAAAGUACCUCGCGUGGCAAGCGCGUCGACGCCCACAAGCGCCGCCGCGCGACGUCUUUGGCAUCACGCUCGACACGGACGGCCGUCCCGAUUACGUGAGCGUCUACCUCGAAAAGGCCAAAAUUCUCACUGGAUUUUUCCAAAUUUUUGGGAAUUUCCGAACUACGUACGCGAUCGCGUGGCCGCCCGCCAUCAACGACGCGAUGGUGGCCACGUCUCAGUUUAGUCUGGAUCUCGUCGCGAUUGCGGGUAUUGACUGCUUCAUGCCGUCCACGUCGUUCUACGUGCAGUUCAUCUCGACGCUGGCCGUGCUCGCCUUUAUCUUUGCACUGGUUUUCAUCUUUUAUUACCGCGGUGCGGCCCACUACAUUGGAAAACUCAAGACCAUUCCGCGCUGCUGCCCUCGCUGCGGCCUCCCCGUUUGGGACAAGUACGUACCCGACAUGGCCCAGCGGCGACCGUCCAUGCCGCAGCCAUUGAGUGGAAGCCGCCAAAAACGCCGAAGGCAGUCACUCGAACAGCGGGCGAGCACUCUGUUGUCGCUGGACGAUGUCAGUUCAGCCCACGGAACUAUUGCCGCCCGCCGUGUCCUCACUGCACUUCGCGCGCUGCUCACGGAGCCCGACCCCCACACAUCACGUGCCCGGCAACUCCAACGCGAGGCCAUCAAUAUGUCGACGGCCAAGGCGUACACCGGGGCACUGCCCAUGUACCGGCCAACGCACCGCGUGUGCCCGGCCAAGCCACUCACUGCCCACGUCCGAUCGCGGGUCCUGCGGAGCAACCUCUGCGUCUGGCAAGCGCGCGUGAAGCUCCGACUGCACUAUCAAUCGUACCGCAUCAAAUGCGUCAAAGUGAUGCUCGGGAUUCUCUUGCUUUUGUACCCGAUGGUGUCGAGGAACUUUCUGCUCGUGUUCCACUGCGACCAAGUCGGUGCUCGCUACUGGCUCGUGAAGGACCGCAGCCUCGAGUGCUAUACGACCGAGUGGUCGCUCUAUGCAUGCGUCGCGCUCGCCGGUGUCGGCGUCUGGGUCGUCGGCGUUCCGUUUCUCUUUUGGCGCCUUGUCUACAAGGCGCGGCACCGGCACAUUGACACACGCUUGACGCUGCUCGAGUCGCGCGCGUACCGCCCGUUGCGCGAAAAGUGGCUAGCGGAGAUGCGUACCAUGCUCGCGGCCGAGGGACGGUGUGUGCCCCUUGCGCUCGGUCGCCGGGACGAGAUGGCCUACUUGGGCCACUACAUGAAGACAAAGAACCUCGAGGACUCUGCGGUCAUGGCGCGUCUGGGACUCAUCUACCAGAAUUACAAGAGCGAAUUCUGGUGGUUUGACGUCUUUGAUCUGAUUCGAAAAGUGCUCCUGAACGGUGUCCUCGUCUUCCUCCAGGGAAACGACAUUGUCCAAUCGACGUCGGGUCUCGCUCUCUGUCUGCUUGCGCUCACCCUCACGCUCCAAUGCAAGCCGUACCGGUCCUGGACCGACUCGCUCGUGGCUGGCGUGACCCAGUUUCAGCUCUUCAUCACCCUCUUCCUCGGGUUUCUCCUUUUGAUGAACACGGCGUCGACGACGGCGCUUACACCGGUGGUCGCCAUGGUCGACGUCUAUACCAUAUCGCUCUUGCUCGUGGCCACCAACUUGGCGUCCAUCGUCGUCGCGGCCGGCGUCUUGCUUCACGACACGAUCCGCAACCGCCGCCGCGUGCGCAAGGUGCGGGCCGUCCGUCGAGCCGCGCUCAUUUCGGCCGCAGUGCGGAAGCUUUGGCGACGCGCGUACAACCACGCCGUAGGCAUAGCCUAUGCGAAUCGGCCGGCGCCGCUCUCGGUCGCACUCCUUAUUCAGCGCGCCCGGCGUCAGCCACCGCCUCAGACACAGGAUGCAUGACCAACAACUAGAUUUUAUCGCGUGCGAAUCGUGUUAUAUCAGGGAACCACGGGUGCGUAUGCACAAGUAGA